UUGCAACUGGUCAGUAUUAUUUCGCAAUCUGCGCUCCGUUGCGCUUAACAUACAUAUACGUAUUUUGCACUUAAAAUAAUCGUGCAACGAACUGUGAGAGUGUAGACCAAGUUCCGUGGUUUAUAUUGUGACAUUUACAACUUUUAUACAAAUCUCGUGAAUUCAACUACGCAUAUUUCAAGUUACAGUUUGCAUCAUGGCACCGAUUGCGACUUACGUGUUUUUCGAUCUCGGAACAACCGGUCUACGUAACAGACAUCCUAAAAUAACAGAAAUACAUAUGAUAGCGUACAGGUGUGAAGAUCUUCGAAAACAUUUUCGGGAUGGAGCCGAACGUCUUGCAUGUGAAAAGCUCCACUGCCGACUUGAAAAUGAUGAGAUGUGUUUAAUAAGCCGAGAAGAUUAUGACUACGAGGAAUGUAGCCUGAAGGAUGAGACAUGCCGUUUUCUUGAAGAUUUGGAAAAACCUGUGUGUCUGAUCGCGCACAGCGGAAAUAAAUUUGAUUUUCCUUUAUUGAACGAAGAACUAGCUGAUGCUGAAGGGUUUUCACCGAAAGGUAUCGUCUGUGCCGAUACGGUGGCCGCUUUCUAUGAUAUUUUCGAACCAGAUUCUAAAAAGACUUCUUAUAAAGAACGAAGAAGUGGAUCUUAUCCGUGGCCUGAUUAUCAUUAUAAAAUGAGUUAUCGCUUGGAAGAUGUGUAUAAAAGAGUGUUUAGAGUUACACCUAUGCUAUAUGAUGCUAAGGAUCGCAACAAGGCAAUGGCCAAGAUUGCUUUGACCCAAGGAUUCCAGUUUAUGCUCUGGGUGGCUGAAAACAACUUGCCAUUUAUUUCUUUUUUGGAAGUGUAAUUUAACAAAAAUAUUGCCAAGUAAUGAAGGGAGUAAUCUAUCUGGGCGAAUGAACUUUUAAAGACACUUUUCACGUCUCUGGUGUUACCAAAAUGUCUCUGGAGUAACCAAAAAUCACAUUUCGUAGAGCAAAUCGCAUGAUUCCACGCGUAACAUAAAAUGUAUAUAAAAGUAAUAUACCUAUUAUCCAUGAGAAAUUUUCGAUAAGUUUUUAAACGAUAUUUAUGUCGGCUCGAUUCGGAAAAUGAUUAGAUUUCUACUAGACUUCAACAAGUUACGAUACGGAUAAUUUAAAGAUAUUUGUAAGAUAGAUAUGUCAAAUUUGACGUUUCCGCGAUUCUGGAGGUCCUCUUGAACGAUUUCGACAUGUUAUGACUUAGAUAUCCAAGUCACAUCUAGUCGAUAUCUAACGUAGAUCUAGUUGAUAUCUAAAUCGUCUUAAGAUCUUGUGAUUAUCUCGAAAUCCGAAUAGGCCUGUAAUAUAUCGUGGACAGAAUCUAAUGUCGGUCUAAAAGUUGAUUCGCCCAUCUAAUCACCUGUAACGUGUAAGUACUAUUUGUCGUACCUUUAAUUAGGUUACCCUACUUAGUUUGUUAAAGUUUGAUUGACCUAUAAGUUAGUGAAAGUGAAUUUCGAAACCCUAUUUUUUACUUGUAAUUGAGACUAGAAAUUGCACCAAAGUUUACUGUAAAAAUCUAAACAGGUGAUUUGUUGAAUGUAUUUGUAAUGUGAAUUGGUCUCCAAAAAAACGGCGUAUAAAGGUUCACUGGAAGAGAUCGCUCAUUAGGAAUAAAUCCGUUUGAAUAUCAUGAGGAUAAUUUUACGUUUUUUUUUGUAGG